CUCCAUGGGUCGUGCUGACCCAGGACAAGAUAAUCAGGUGCAAGACAGAGCUUUUUUUGAGGGCAAGAGUCACCCAGCACAAAGAGAAGAUGACCACCAUCAAAAACAUUUAAAUGAUGCUGUCAGUCACAGAAGCCCCAUGAUGCCCAUCAUAAAAAGGAAAGACAUUGUGUCUCCACAGGCUGCAGACACAGGUGAAAAAAUACCAAGUAGCAGCCCGGGAACAAUCAGCUCCGACAAUUUCCUUCCUAAAUCACAUGACUCUUCCCUAAAAUCGCAACCUCACACUCCUGAGAAAUUGGACAGAUCCACUCCACCCCAGGGGCACGAGAACCAUCCUAACAGAAAUCCAAGUCCCUCGGAUCUUAAACAGCCAUUUUAUUCUAGCUACUCAACUCCAAACCUUCAGGAAUUUAAGUCGUCUUUUGGAGGGAGCUAUCCUAGCCCUGGUGUGGGAUUUCCCAAAACCCCAACAAGUCAGGACGGAGACAACCCUCGAGGUCAUCUCUCCCUGCAGAGGAGCUUCAGUCUAUCAGACAGUUUCCAUGACGAUAACUCAAAUUCAUCGGAGUCAUCCUUCCUAAAUCCAAACACUGGUCAGCCUAAUUACACACGGGAUCCCAAUACUGGACAGAUCACCUACCAGCCAAACAAGGAGGGCAUCUUCUUCUGUCACCUCUGCAGCUUUUCUGGAACUACUCGUUCCGAGUUUGAGGAUCAUAUGACAUGCCACUUUGAACACAUCUGUCCCCAUUGUGAUUAUAAGUCUAGGACUGAAGGCCGACUAAAGCGACACAUCAAGGACUUUCACACGGAGGAGUCACCUGACGGUUUUGGUUCCAAACGCAACAUGGGAAGACCCAAAAUUUUCCGCUGCAAGCAGUGUGACUUUGUUGCCACUGAUAAGAAUGACUUUUGGCAGCAUGCUAGAUCUCAUAUCAAGGAGGAAAAACUCUUGCAAUGUCCUCGCUGUGAGUUUGUCACCGAGUACAAACAUCACCUAGAGUACCAUCUCCGAAAUCAUUUUGGAUCCAAACCUUUCAAGUGCAACAAGUGCAAUUACUCCUGUGUAAACAAAUCCAUGCUUAAUUCACACAUGAAAUCCCACACCAAUGUGUACCAAUAUCGCUGUGCAGACUGCACGUAUGCCACUAAGUACUGCCACAGUCUUAAGCUGCAUCUGCGUAAAUACAACCACAAGCCAGCAACAGUUCUGAAUACAGAUGGAAGCCUGCCACAGGGAAUUGAUGCAGAGUCAUCAGGAUUGUCUCUAUUACAGAAGAGAGGACCACCACGGGGACCAAGGGGUCCAAGAAAAGAUAAAUUUGACCCAUUUGUAGGACAGUUUAUGAUGCCUCACUCACUGCCAGGAAUGGCUCCAACAAUGAGUCCUGGAAUGAUGUCCCCAUUUUGGCCUUUGCUCAACCAGGUACCAAAUGGUUUGCCUCCACCCCAUCACCCAAUGAUACCAACACCACUCAGUGCUAAGUUGCCUUCACAUCUUGGUCAAAACAAAAUGAUGCCAUCCUCACCAUUUGGUUUCAGACCCCUCAUGCCAGGAAACAUGGGUGCACCUUUUAAGUGCAGUCUCUGCUCAUUUGCCACAGAUAUUCAGCAAGACUUGCUUCGUCAUGUCAUGAAAGUACAUGCAUCAGAAAACUCAGACUUAUUUUCCAUUUUUGGUAUUUCAUCAGAAGCUUUGCUUGAGGAACAAAACAGAAAGAUGAAUUUCCUUUCCCAACAGCAGGUAACUCCACUUAGAGAAUUAACUACACCUGAGAAAUCCAUUCCAACCUCUGCAGCUCUUCAUAUCAAAACAGAACAACCUACUCUAGAGAGUUCCAAAACAAGUCCCCACUCAUGGCCUCAUCAUUCACCACCAAACAAUAAGCCUAACCCUGAAAGCAGACCAACUAGUCAUUACAGCAUGCCAGAAAUGAACUACAGUUCCUACCUAAAUGGCAAAGCUAGUCCCAAAGAAGCAGACGCACCAGAAGGUGAAGACAUCAUCAAACAAAUGAUGAACAAGUUUGGAUCAGGUGUUCCUAUUGAAAAGUCCCAAUCUGCUCCAAGACUGCAUCUAGAAAGGCCAUUCCGUGAAAGUCCACUUGACCUCACAAAAUCAUCCAGAUCACCUUCAGAUGACUUGGAUGAUCCAACUAAUGAUGGUGGAAACCUGUCUAGUGGUGAAAACUCGAACACUGCUGAAAAUGUGGUGAACAGAAAAAGAUCUCGCAAAGGAAAAGCUUUCAAACUGGACACGCUCUGUCUGAAACUGCAAGAGAAACAGACAGACAAUGCAGAGGAGGAGGAAGAAAGUAACUCAGGAAUGGAAGAUAUGGAAGAUGAACUGCAGAUUGAUGAAAUGAAUGAGUAUGACAAUAUGGAAACCAAUGAAGAGGGAGAUGAUGAAGAACCGAAAAGCAAAGAACCAAGACUUGGAGAGAUGGAGUCAAUGACAGACCUUCAGAGGUUUGAACAGAUGAGGAAACUUGCCACUGCUGCGAGUCCCACUGAUCAGCAUGAGAGAAGCUCUUCUGCUCCACUUAAUGAACCAACUUUUGCCAACGAGUCAAAAGAUAGAAUGGAUGCAAGUGAAGAACAAAUCGAUCCAAAAGAGUUCAUUGAGGAGAUGAGUAAUUUGUCUGAAAAUGUUCCUCAAGCUGUCAGAAGAGGGACAGAGCUGGCCUGGAAGAUCAUCCAAGACACCACCGGGGCACCUGUUCCCCCACCCAUCACCACAGGGACCUCUAAUGGUCACUACAGGAGUGAAGACAAUAAACAAUUCCCUGUCUCACAAGAUAUGCAUCUCUUUACAACCAGUACACCAAGGGACAAGAAUGGACACAAAAGUGCCAAGUACGAAUGUCCUUACUGUGAGAUUGCAUUUAGAGAUUGUGUCAUGUACACAAUGCACAUGGGUUACCAUGGUUACAAGAAUCCAUUCAAAUGUAACAUGUGUGGUUACCAUGGACAUGAUAAGGUGGAAUUUUUUCUCCACAUCGCCAGGGAAGCACAUAACUGAAAUAUUCUCCACCUUAUCAAAGCAAUAAUAAUGGACUGACUCAAGGACGAGUUAAGUAGAAACAGCAUAUGGACUAUAAUCAUUAGUGCUAUUUCUGCAAAUGUUUUUUUUUUUCAUUUUCAUGAAUUUGUUAAUGAUGCUUUUUUACCAUUAUUUGACCUUGGUUUAGGGACCAGAUGCACCUUGGUAGUACUAU